AUGAAGGAAGACACAAGCGAGGAGGAUGUCGACAGUGAGGUCGAGGAGUUCGAAGCCGAGGCCGAGAGUGAGGAGGAUAUAGAUGAGCUCGUCGCUGUCGAGAAGAUGCCCGCGCCCGCCACCGCCACCGCCAUCGCCAUGGCAUCAAACCCGCACGACACCCAAGCAAACUACCAAACUCACUCUGUUCAUCCGCCGAGCCCAAUCCGACAUGGCAACCAAGGCCACGCCCCGUUCCCCUCUCGUGAUCCCAACAUCCGCGCAUCCCGGCGUGUAGCGCGCCUCGGGCGCUUCGGUGCCACUCGCGUCUGUGUACAAGCUCACGUGGUCGCGUUUGCAGCCUACGAGGCGCGUCGAGCAGGCGAACACGAUUCCUCCUACUUCCACCAUGAUGCGCGACGGCUGAGGCCUACGUGUGCUUUCGGUCUCUGA